AUGGAAUACCGAUUCCUUGGCAAUUCAGGUCUCAAGGUCAGCAUUCUAUCGUUGGGAACAUGGAUCACGUUUGAACAGGCGACAGCACUUGUCAAGACCGCUUUGGAAUUGGGGAUUAAUCAUUUCGAUGUUGCCGAGUCUCAUGCAGGCGGCCAAGGAGAGAUCGAUCUUGGAUUAGCGUUGAGGAACCAAAAAGGCCUGAGACGAUCCGAUUUCAUUAUAUCCACCAAAGUCUUUUGGGGUAAUGGCAAAGGGCCCAACGAUCGAGGUCUCUCUCGAAAGCAUGUGUUUGAAGGCACCGUGGCAUGUUUGCAAAGGCUGGAAUUGGACUAUGUGGAUAUUCUUUAUGCACAAAGACCUGAUCUGGAUACCCCAAUGGAGGAAAUUGUGCGAGCAUUCAACUGGUGUAUCGAUAAAGGCAUGGCUCUCUAUUGGGCUACCAGCGAAUGGCCACCCUAUCUUAUCAUGGAGGCUCAUGCAGUGGCAGCCAAGUUACAUUUGAUCCCACCUAUUACCGAGUCUCCUCAAUACAACAUGUUCAGCCGUGAACGAGUGGAAAAGGAAUACCUGCCAAUGUAUCAAAAGUUUGGAAUGGGCACUUGCGUUUGGUCGCCAUUAGCAUCCGGUCUGUUGACUGGAAAGUAUAAUGACGGUGUGAUUCCUCCAUAUUCACGACUUGCCAUCCAAGACCAUCCGCUGAUCAAUCGGCUACGAGAAGGUUUCUUUAGUGGGGAAGGAAAACGUAAAAUCGAUAAAGUCAAGGUUAUCUGUCAAAUCGCAAGGCGCUUAAAUUGCACACCUGCUCAACUUGCUAUUGCUUGGUGUUUAUGCAAUCCAAACGUUACCAGUGUGAUUAUUGGGGCAUCCACACCCGAUCAAGCCAAAGAGAACAUCCAUGCACUAAAGAUCAGACAUCUAAUGACAGACGACGUGAUUGAGGAACUUGAUCAGAUACUCGGCAACAAACCCGAAGCCGUCUUUGAUUUUCGUCGUUCGUAG